UCUAUUCAAGGCAGUAUGAAUGGAUAUGAAGCAGACACACCAAUUUAUCAUAAUGGUGUUAAUGAUUUUAUAGAAUUAGAUUCACCAUGGAAACAGUUUGCAUCACAUCCUGGUAUUUUAACAUCUGAAGCAUCCAACACAUCAAGAAAUACGAGUUUAACUCGUAAAACAACACUAGAUCCAUCUGAUAAACUUCAUAUUGAGACAUUACAAGGGAAACUGACUUAUAUUGGUAUACAACCGACACCAGAUAAAUUACAUCAACUUCAUCAAUAUUUAACAAUAGAUCCAUACGGUCAAGUCACAUUUGGUAAUUUUAUGCAAGCUGUAAAAUUAGUAUUUAAACAUGAAUUGGCCACAAGACAUAACAUUUCAUCUAGUCCUAGUAAAUCGCCAGGUUAUUUAAAUCAGGAGGAUAUACCUAAUGUGAGAGAAGAUUUAGAGUCAGUUUGUCAAGAAAGAGAUGAUUUAAAACAUGAAGUUCAAAGAUUAGAGACUGUGAUUAAAGAUAGAGAGAUGAAAUAUGAAAAAGAAUUAUUAAAGAUGAGAAAGGAAACACAAGGAGCAAUAGAAGAGAACAGAUCAUUAAAAACACGAGUCCAUUUAGCAGAACAAGCUCAAGGUGAGGCGCAGAUGUUAGAACAUGAUUACGAGGAAGCUGUCGCAUAUCUAGAAAAUGAAAUAAGAGAUUUACGUCUUCAGCUAAAAAAGGAAAGUGGAACUAUGGAAAGUAAUAAACAUGUCGCAAGUUUAGCUUGUCAGUUGAAGAAAUCAGAAACAAGACAAAAAAUGUAUCAUGCUGCUACGGAAAAACUUAUAGCUUAUGUAGAGCAUGUUCAGGGAGUAUUAACACAGCCAACAGAAAACUCUAGAAAUAAUGAAAGUGAAGAAAAGAAGAAAAUGAGAAGAGAUAAGAAGAAAGAGAGUGUUGUUAAAUUAUUAUCUGAUGGUCAGAAUGUUAUAAAACUUGUUAAAUCAUUAACAGAAUCAGCACCACUACCAUUUGGUUGGGAAGAGGCGUUUUCAGAAGAUGGCACACGUUAUUUUAUCAAUCAUGUCACACAGACGACAUCUUGGACUCAUCCAGCUUCUGGUGUUGAACAUCGUACAGACAAUAAUAAUAAACCCAGUACAUCUCACGCUAAACACUAGCCAUAAUACACUUCAGCUAAUAUACUUCAGUAAGGAUCAACAAAUCUUCAAGAACUGGUCAAUUUAUGUGCUCUAUAUACAAGAUCAUUCUACCAGGACCAACACAUGUUGAAGAUUUGGUAAAUGAUUCUGUGCUUUAUAUACACCGAGAUUGUUAUACUAGGACGAACAAAUCUUCAAGAUCUGGUCAAUGCCUAAAAUACAUCGAGAUCGUUCUACUAGGACAAAGAAUUCUUCAAGAUCGUUCUAUGACCAGCAAAUCAUCAAGCCUAUUCUGCUAGGAUCAACAAACCAUCAAGAUGGUUCUGCCAGGACCAACAAAUCUUCAACAACUGGUCAGUACACAAAAUACACCAAGAUCGUUCUACAAGGAUCUACGAACCGUCAAGAACCAGCUUAAAAUAGAAAAUCACCUAGCAUCAAACUUGACAUGACAUUCUGGUUUACGGCCAAAUCGAUUUUUGUAUAUUUGUUCUUUAGGAGCACCUACAUGUAUUAAAAUAUGGCUCCCAUUUAUUGGGGGAAAAAACUUUUACAGUACCGGUAGCUGUUUUCUUAGGGAUUAUUCUUGAAGGAUCUUUAUCUUUUUCACCCGAGGAUUCUAUCUUGCCUCCACUAUACCACCAAUUUACUAAGGAAUUCAUUCGUUCAAAGUCUAGGAGAUUAAUAAAAGAACACAAAAUAGGAUGGUGAAGGCUGGAACGACUUUCAUAUUGACUUUUAUGUGUUUUUAUUGUUUUUAUCAGGGAUGAGUUCUCAUUGACUUUACCAGAAACAAAUAACAAGUUUCGAUCAAAGUUUUCCCAACACACUUGACAUAUAUUAAAAUUAUACAGAAAAAGGACAAAUCUAUGCUGGAAAUAAUGAUAUGCACCAUAGGGAUAGUGCCUGACAUAUCCAUGCUUGUGUAAGCAGAUGAAAAUAUAUUGUUGUUCGUUUCUAGCAAGGAGUUGUUAAGUUCAUAAAGAGUUUUAUCGGAUUCCUUCAGAUCCAGAUAUGCAAAUAACUUCUUACUUAUGAAAAACUGCUAUCCUGAAAUACCUAGUGAUCCCUUGUUAACUUCCGAUACCAUUAUGGUGAAUGUAUUCUGGGAGAAGCGGAACCAAUAUUUCUAUUUAUUUGCCUUACUCAACAGGACUUGUUUUACCCUGUACUGUACUAAAACAUGUGGAGGUAAGAGGGUCACAUCUGUAGGAUUCUGCCUGUUCUCCAAUCCAGUUUCUGUCAAUAAGUUUUGUUUAAAAGAAAUGUUCUCAAAACAAUUAAUAUGUCUCUCAUUUACUGUUAGCUAGUAGAUGCUGAUAUUAUUUAUUUAUUGGUUAUUUGAUAUAUGGAUUCUGGGUUGAAGCGAGGGAGAGAAAUGAGGUUUAACUUCCACUCGACACCAACUAUUAAGAAGAAUCAUAUAAUAUUAUUUAUUG